AUGGCAUCAGAAACAGAUGAAGUGUGUGAUAAUGGUGGUAGUGCGGAAAUCCAGGUGGGUGUUGAGGAUCAGGAAACACCGGUAACGGUGGUGGCAGCGGAGGCGGUGGCGGCGGUGGAAGUGGUGGACGAUAAGAGCAAAUCGCCACGACACCCGCGUUGGACUAGACAAGAAACGCUUACGCUUAUAGAAGGGAAGAAAGUUGCGGAGAAUAGGGGGCGUAGGGGAAGGCGGUCAAGUUCGGUAUUCGGUUCGGACCAGCUCGAACCGAAGUGGGAUUCGGUUGCGUCGUAUUGUAAACAGCAUGCGGUGAACCGAGGGCCGGUUCAGUGUCGGAAAAGAUGGAGCAACAUGGUGGGUGAUUUCAAGAAGAUAAAAGCGUGGGAAUCCGAGGUAAAACAAGAGUCCGAUUCGUAUUGGGUGAUGAGGAACGAUUCGCGGAAAGAGAACAAGUUGCCGGGUUUUUUCGAUAGGGAGGUGUUUGAUGUUUUGGACGGGAAGGCGUUCACUAAGGCGGCAUAUAAGCUGGCGUUGGUGACGGUGAGUGCGGACGCAAAAGACGAAAAUGUGGAUACCGACGUGGUUUUCGAUAGCGGUCGACGUGCCACGUCGACCGACGGUCUUUUUCCGGAUUCGGAUAAAAUGGAGGAUGAAGAAGCGAAUGAUGAAGGUCGAGAAAAGGACGAUAUUCCAACGAAGAAGAUCCCGGAUCCGAUGCCGAUUUCAGGCGCUGUAAGGGAACAACAGACGAAUUCGGUAUCAUGGAAAGAGACCAUGUCCCAAGAAGGAAGUAAACGAAGACGAGUAUCGACAGACGAAUGUAACGACAGAAACUUUGAUGCUCGAUUAAUUGACGUUCUUGAAAAGAAUGCCAACGUGUUGAAUGCACGGCUCGAAGCAGAGAAUACAAAUUGUCAGCUAGAUCGGGAUCAGAGGAAAGACUACAACGACAGCUUGGUAUCUGCUCUUAACAAGAUUUCAGACGCCUUAACGAAAAUUGCAGAUAAGUUGUGA